AUGAGUACUUACAAUCAGAUUGGAUUGGGCGGAAUGAGUACUUACAAUCGGAUUGGAUUGGGUGGAAUGAGUACUUACAAUCAGAUUGGAUUGGGCGGAAUGAGUACUUACAGCCAAAUUGGAUUGGGCGGAAUGAGUACUUACAAUCAGAUUGGAUUGGGUGGAAUGAGUACUUACAGCCAAUUUGGAUUGGGCGGAAUGAGUACUUACAGCCAAAUAGGAUUGGGUGAAAUGAGUACUUACAAUCAGAUUGGAUUGGGCGGAAUGAGUACUUACAAUCGGAUUGGAUUGGGUGGAAUGAGUACUUACAAUCAGAUUGGAUUGGGCGGAAUGAGUACUUACAGCCAAUUUGGAUUGGGCGGAAUGAGUACUUACAGCCAAAUUGGAUUGGGCGGAAUGAGUACUUACAGCCAAAUUGGAUUGGGCGGAAUGAGUACUUACAAUCGGAUUGGAUUGGGCGGAAUGAGUACUUACAGCCAAACUGGAUUGGGCGGAAUGAGUACUUACAAUCAGAUUGGAUUGGGUGGAAUGAGUACUUACAGCCAAAUUGGAUUGGGCGGAAUGAGUACUUACAGCCAAAUUGGAUUGGGCGGAAUGAGUACUUACAGCCAAAUUGGAUUGUGCGGGAUGAGUACUUACAGCCAAAUUGGAUUGGGCGGAAUGAGUACUUACAAUCAGAUUGGAUUGGGUGGAAUGAGUACUUACAGCCAAAUUGGAUUGGGCGGAAUGAGUACUUACAAUCAGAUUGGAUUGGGUGGAAUGAGUACUUACAGCCAAAUUGGAUUGGGCGGAAUGAGUACUUACAAUCAAAUUGGAUUGGGUGAAAUGAGUACUUACAAUUGGAUUGGAUUGGGCGGAAUGAGUACUUACAAUCGGAUUGGAUUGGGUGGAAUGAGUACUUACAAUCAGAUUGGAUUGGGCGGAAUGAGUACUUACAGCCAAAUUGGAUUGGGCGGAAUGAGUACUUACAGCCAAAUUGGAUUGGGCGGAAUGAGUACUUACAGCCAAAUUGGAUUGGGCGGAAUGAGUACUUACAGCCAAAUUGGAUUGAGCGGAAUGAGUACUUACAGCCAAAUUGGAUUGGGCGGAAUGAGUACUUACAAUCAGAUUGAAUUGGGCGGAAUGAGUACUUACAAUCAGAUUGGAUUGGGUGGAAUGAGUACUUACAGCCAAAUUGGAUUGGGCGGAAUGAGUACUUACAGCCAAAUCGGAUUGGGCGAAAUGAGUACUUACAAUCAGAUUGGAUUGGGCGGAAUGAGUACUUACAAUCAGAUCGGAUUGGGCGGAAUGAGUACUUACAGCCAAAUUGGAUUGGGCGGAAUGAGUACUUACAGCCAAAUUGGAUUGGGCGGAAUGAGUACUUACAGCCAAAUUGGAUUGGGCGGAAUGAGUACUUACAGCCAAAUUGGAUUGGGCGGAAUGAGUACUUACAGCCAAAUUGGAUUGUGCGGAAUGAGUACUUACAGCCAAAUUGGAUUGGGCGGAAUGAGUACUUACAGCCAAAUUGGAUUUGGCGGAAUGAGUACUUACAAUCAGAUUGGAUUGGGCGGAAUGAGUACUUACAAUCAGAUUGGAUUGGGCGGAAUGAGUACUUACAAUCAGAUUGGAUUGGGCGGAAUGAGUACUUACAAUCAGAUUGGAUUGGGCGGAAUGAGUACUUACAAUCGGAUUGGAUUGGGCGGAAUGAGUACUUACAAUCAGAUUGGAUUGGGCGGAAUGAGUACUUACAAUCAGAUUGGAUUGGGCGGAAUGAGUACUUACAGCCAAAUUGGAUUGGGCGGAAUGAGUACUUACAAUCAGAUUGGAUUGGGUGGAAUGAGUACUUACAAUCAGAUUGGAUUGGGUGGAAUGAGUACUUACAAUCAGAUUGGAUUGGGCGGAAUGAGUACUUACAAUCAGAUUGGAUUGGGUGGAAUGAGUACUUACAAUCAGAUUGGAUUGGGUGAAAUGAGUACUUACAAUCAGAUUGGAUUGGGUGAAAUGAGUACUUACAAUCAGAUUGGAUUGGGUGAAAUGAGUACUUACAAUCAGAUUGGAUUGGGUGGAAUGAGUACUUACAAUCAGAUUGGAUUGGGUGAAAUGAGUACUUACAAUCAGAUUGGAUUGGGUGGAAUGAGUACUUACAAUCAGAUUGGAUUGGGCGGAAUGAGUACUUACAAUCAGAUUGGAUUGGGUGAAAUGAGUACUUACAAUCAGAUUGGAUUUGGUGGAAUGAGUACUUACAAUCAGAUUGGAUUGGGUGAAAUGAGUACUUACAAUCAGAUUGGAUUGGACGGUAAGAGUGCUUACAAUAAUUUAAAUUAA